UACCGACUUACAAAAAAAUGUGGAGAAAGGAGAUGAGCUUGCUCUAAAAUGCGAAUUUUAUGGAGCGCCAUCUUCCGUUAACUGGACGAUAGGAGGUGAGUCCACGAGGCCAUCCAACCUGAUCAAAUGGGUGGAAGGGGGAUCCACUUCCGGGACAUGCGUUCUUGACGGGGUCUGCUAUAUGAACGAUGACUUCUCUCUCAUCAUCAGAAACAUUACAGUUUCAGAUCAAGGAACGUAUACAUGCAUAGUAACAAACUACGAAGGAAUCCUGAUCCACAAUUUCACAGAAGUAAACGUCUUUGCUCCUCCGAUGGAACCCUUUCCCCUUAUCGAUGAAUGUCGAGGAAUACUUCCAAAUGAUGCCGAACAAACCUGUAGUCUUUCAACCUCUGAUAACAUCACCAUCACCUGCUCAGCCUCAAGCUACUUUCCAGACAUCGAUCUCUUCUUCUCACACGGAUCUAAACAGAUGGAUGCAACUAAUGUCAAGGAAGAUGUUAACAUGGACGGGACGAAAAGCAAGUCAAUCUCCAUCGUCGCUGAACCGAGUGAAAGUCCCUUUGUUUGUGUCGCUUCUGAUAUCCCGGGAUCGCAAGACCAAAAAACAGUGACUGUGACCGUGACCUUUAUAGGAUCUACCACUUUAUCUCUGAGUGGAGUUGUUGUACCAGUAGUUAUCGUUAUCAUUCUUAUACUGGCUGCGAUUUGGUGUGCAGUAUUGUGGCGUAGGAGGAGCCAACGGAGGAGUCAAGUUAAGCCUGACAGCAACGGUUUCUACAAACAGACGAUAAAGCAAGCUUACCCUUCUCAGGAGCAGCUGGACCCAGAAAAGAAUUACAAAAUGGACGAUAAAGAAAAGGGUCUCAUGUUCCUUUUUAACAUGACUAAAGACAGGAAGGGAUCAGAUGUCGACGUUCGAAAUAUUCAACACGUGUUCACGGAAAUAGGAUAUGAGAUCGAAACCCAUUCGGAUUUGACAGCUGAGGACCUUCAAGACAAGCUAGAGACGUUCGCGGGUUAUGCUCGCCAUCACUACAUGCCCUCUGCAGUGUUCGUGAUCAUGGGAAACGGCUCCUCGACAGGCAUUCAUUGCACUGAUGAACCGGUUACUUAUAAGUUUAUCGAGAAUAAGGUUUCUAGGAUGAAGUACAUGAAAGGAAAACCGAAGAUGAUUUUCUUCCAGGGUAACCGUGAAAAAGCAAAGGAAGAAACUGAAGCUGACAUCGACAUGGAAAUAUCAGACGCAUCCGACCUUCUCGUUGUCCAUUCUACAACAUCGGGAAACGUUCCAGAUAGAAGCGUAAUCCGUGGUUCAAGGUUCAUUCAGAUGCUAUGUAAGGAACUCCUUAAGAAUGCCCAUGUCAGUGACUUGUCUACCAUGUUAGAGCAGGUAACACGAAAAGUCGGGAAGAAAACCUUCAACCAUAAAUAUGAUAAAACUCCAGAAGUUAUUAAACAAGGGAUCUCGAAGAAGAUAUAUUUUCUUCCUAAAUACCCCCCAGAAGAGACUGAAUAGUCCAGCAGAAUGGUGCUGAAUAUGGUAGGAAUUGUGCACUUUAAAAAAUGUUAUGUUGAUAAUAGCAUGACAUUUGGUAUGGAGAUAACGACGUUAAUGCUGAAUAAAACUUGCCAUUGUUUUGUUUGUGCCCAUUCUUUUUUUAAAUACGGUGCCGCAUUAUACGUUUCUUCGUAACCAAUUAUAUGAAAUAAUAUUAUAGAUCUACCUUGUUUAAAAUGCACGCAAGUUCUUUAGGUGCCCAUUAUAAUGAUAUCAAUAUUGUGUGAAUAUGAAAAUUAAUGAAAUCACUGAAUCGCUGGCAACGAGUUAGAAGUUUUUAAUUAUUGUAAGUCAAAAUUGAAGUAUUUUAAAUGAAUUAAAGAUGUGAAAAUGGAGAUCUAAAUAACUCCCCACA